AUGCAGUCUCCUCCUGCUCUGAAGCCGCUUUUGGCUUUCCCGACCAUUGAAGAAUUCGCUGCGCGUCAUAAAGGCGGCACCGAAGCCGAGUUUGCGGCUGUCCAGAAGUUCAUCGACGAGACGAAUAAAGAAGACAACAAGUUUCGGGCUUGGAUUAUCUCGACAGUUCGCCAAACCACCAAGCGGACCGAAUACCUCAUUGCCGUCCAGCCAGGCAAAAUCGGGGAGCAGAAGAUGCCUCAACUGGGGGAGCCCGCUAAGAUGAGAAUCAUCUUCGGUGACGAUGCGUCUACUAGAUUUUGGGAUUGUUUCCGCAUCGAGACCCUCUUGCCUCCAGAGGUUGCCAUCACCGCGUCCGCCAGGGGACUCGCUACCUUCAGAGUGACCGCCCAUGUUGCCGACUCUUACGAAGGCAUCGUGCCUCUCAUCCAACACCAGACCAAGUUGUUCCAGGUCCCGGCAUUGAUCGACUCUUCGGACUGCCCCCAAGCCGCCAACGGCCGCAUCACCAAAGCAUCUAGCAACAGCGAUACCGACAGUGGAAUCGGUGAUUGCGCCAGCGAUCGUUCAACCGCCGAGCGAGCAAACGGCCACAUCGUCCUUACCACUGAGAACGCCGUCCGGGCCAACUUUCUCUUGACCGCUUCCGAAGCAACCAAAAAUGCCGAGCUCAAUGCCCUGGAUAAGCUGUGCGGCAGACAUGUCAAGGUCAGCGAGCGCCAGCUAUGGGCAUUCCAAUACUUCGUCACCCUCCGGAACCCGGACUUCUUUGUCGAUUUGCAUGAGGAAAUCCCUCAUUUGACCACCGCCAUGAAGCAGCCCUCGUGGCCUGGGUCCCCUCUGGCCAAGAAGUUCGACAGGCUCAACCCACAGCAAAAGGCCGCCUACAUGCACGGCUUCCGCAAACUGGACUGCGGUAUCGGAAUUUUGCCUGGCGGUCCCGGUGCUGGCAAAACCCAUUUCAAUCUUUUUACAAUAGCCAUGGCCCAGUCACAGCAGUUGCCGCGUCCCGUCUUGAUUAAGGGCCGGCUGGAAAGGCGGUGCCCAAGAGUUCUGUUCAUCGUGGACAUGAACUCCCCUAUUGACGAUGUGGCGAACAGAAUGGUGGCGCUGUAUAAGGAGUUGGGCAUGAAAAAGAAGAUCAUCCGCAUGAAGGGGUGGGGCACCGAAGUCAAUGCCAGUGACCGUCUCAACGCCGCCGAGGAUGCGGCUUCGAAUGGUGUGAUGCCCGCCGUGGACUUCACCAACCAGUUCCUCAACGCCCGCAAUCCCAUGAAACAGAGACAGGUUGGGACCUGCCACGCCCCCAGCCUCGACGAAGCGGCCUGGCAACUCUACGACGAGCACAAGCUCACCCGCUACAGUGACCUCACUGAGUACCUGUCUGGUGACCUGUGGGAGGAAAGCCAGGUGGUCCCUAUGCGUUUACGCCGCCUGGUGUACAACUUGUACCGGGACACACUCGCCGAAACUGACUUCAUUGCGACAACACCGGUGGCAGCCAGUAACCACUUCAAUGGCAUGUUCAGGCCAGAGUUGGUUUACUUCGACGAAGCCCCUCACGCAAGAGAGCUGGCAAACCUGGUCGCCAUUGCGAACUUCGAGCCCAUUGCCUGGAUCUUUUGUGGCGACCACCGCCAAACCGUGCCCUACGUCGGUUCGGCGACUCCGGAGUGCGUCAAUAUCUACCGGGAACAGAUGCAAGUCUCUAUGAUGAAGCGCGCCUCUGUCGCCAACGUCAUCCGGUACGAACUCCUAAUGAACCAUCGUUCCUUCGGUGGCCUUCAUCAACUGGCCUCGACAAUGUGGUACGACGGUCGGAUGGUCAGUGGCAAUACCCACACGCCGGCGGCGCUGACGCACAUGAGAUCAUAUCUGGGCAGCUUCAAGAACGGCCAGGUCUGUAUUGUCCCACGUCUCGUCGUCCACCUGAAGAACUGCGGGCAGGAGAGCCACGAGGGCACCUCGGCGUGGAAUCCCACCCAUACCGCCUGGGUCAUGAAGCGUGUUGUCGAACUUCUCAACGACAAGCAAUUUAAGCACGCCGAGCGCGACGAGCCUGGAGUCAUCUUAAUCAUGUCGCCAUACAAGAAGGCCUUCAACGAAUACAAAAAGGAGAUCAAGAAGCUGCCCCUGUCGGCCCAGAAGCGGGUCGAAACCCGGACGGUUGACGUCGCACAAGGUCACGAAGCCGACUUUGUCUUCCUCGACCUGGCAAAAAGCAACUCCACCCGGUUCCUAGACAACCCCAACCGGCUCUGCGUUGCCCUCACCCGCGCUAGACUCGGCGAGAUCAUCAUGAUGCACCCUGCCAUGGUGCGGUCCAAGGCGUUCCGUGCAAACUCACCCAACCUGUGCCGGAUCUACAGUCUGUGCACCCAAGGCGCCCAAGUCGCCCACGUCGACCCGACCGCCACCGGCAAAUCAUCCAACGGCAGUCUGCCCCUGCCCAAGCCAGUCCAGCCCGUGGCCGCCCACAAGGCGGCAUCCACGGUUAGCGAGGCGGUGCCCACGGUGAGCACAGUGGACUCUGUUUACGGUGAUGUUAGCGUGCUGGAGGAUGUUGAUGGUUGGUGGGACAGGGUAAUGGGUGGUGGUAAGAGCGCGAGUGUUCAGGAGGAUGUGAAGGAUAACCUGGCCAGGAAGCCUGAGAAAGAGGUGCCGAAGCACGAAGAAGGGGAGCAGGAGACUGUGAAUUUGGUGAAUGCCAUGUUUGAACUGAAGUUCUGA